AUGGCUUCCAAAUUGCUACUCACCAUCACCUAUCUCUCUUUCUCUAUUCUCUUCCGCGUAUCUGUAUCCACAACCUCCCAUCAUUCCCAUCCACCCACCACAACCAAUUACAAACCCAACCUACUGGUUCUACCGGUUCACAAGGACCCGGCCACAGGGCUUCCAUGGGCUCACGUUCACAAGAGAACCCCUAUGACCCUGGUGCCACUCCUUCUGGAUCUCAACGGCAAUCACAUGUGGAUCAACUGCCAAACCCACUACGCCUCCAGAACCUACCAAGCACCCUCUUGCCACUCCACCCAAUGCUCCACAGCCACCACCACCCAAACCUGCCACACCUGCGUCGGCUCCUCUCUCCCCAGGCCCGGCUGCCACAACAACACCUGCGCCCUCAUGUCCACCAACCCCAUCACCAAACAGAUCGUCGUGUCGGAGCUCGCCCAAGACGUCCUCGCCAUCAACGCCGCCGCCAACAACGGCCCCAGACUGGGCCCCACAGUCUCCGACCCUCAGUUCCUCUUCUCAUGCGCGCCUGCCUCCUUGGUCCAGAAAGGCCUGCCCAACAAGGUUGAAGGCGUUGUUGGGCUGGGCCACGGGCCCAUUUCCCUCCCUAACCAACUCGCAUCACACUUCGGUUUGCAGCGCCAAUUCACACUUUGCCUUUCUCGCAACCCAACCUCCACGGGGGCUGUACUAUUUGGGGACCCACAGAAGCUUUUCGGUUACACUAACAAGAAAUUCGAUCUUUCACGUGAUCUUCUUUACACUCCACUAACCGUCAGUCCGCAAGGAGAGUACUACAUGGAAAUCAGCUCCCUUAGAAUCAACGGCCGCUCCGUCUUCCCAGUGACUCCUUCGUCGUCUUCAUUAUUGUCAUCGUCGUUGUAUUCUCCGAGUGGUAUGCUUGGGGCUACUCUGAUUUCAACCACAGCACCUUACAUGGUUCUGCACCACACCAUAUUCGAAACGUUCAGGCAAGUUUUCGUGAAACAGUUUCCGAUGCAGGGGCAGGUGAACGCGGUGGCGCCGUUCGGGUUGUGUUACGAUUCAAAGAGGAUAAACAACGCAAAACCUCCUAGCGUGGAUAUGGUGGUGAAGGUGGAGAAGAGCCGCCGUGAGGUAUCGUGGAGUAUCUCCGGCGAUAACUUAAUGGUGCAGGCGCGGCCAGGGGUGACGUGUUUGGGAGUCGUGAAUGGAGGGACGAAUCCUAGAGCAGCCAUAGCCAUAGGGACACGUCAGCUGGAGGAGAAGGUGGUGGUGUUCGACCUGGUGAAGUCGAGAGUGGGGUUGAGCUCUUCCCUAUGCUCACGCGGGAGGAGCUGUUCUGACCUCUUCGGCUUCGCUAACAAAUCAUAG